GGGAAUGAGCGUCGCCUCAACGGCUCAGUUCUAGCUCCAAUCGAAGACAAAGCUUAUCAGUUCUUUGGUGCCACGGUAAAAUCCAACAAAAAACACGACAAGCUGAUUAUGUGCGCACCCAAGUACAAGUACUUCUUCUCGAAGUUUGAGGUGAUUGAACCAGUUGGAACUUGCUUUUUCGUUGAGCAAGGUUUUACAAAGACUCAAGAGUUCGCAUCUUGUCGUCAAGAACGUAGGUUACAGUAUCUAAAUUUUUUCUUGGUGGUUACGUUGUUUGUAGCUGCUCGACACGGUAGACAUCGUUUUGGUUACGGACAAUGCGGGUUCUCUGCUGCUUUACCAGAUAGAUACCCGAGAGGAGAUGAA